CCUUUGUACAAGAGAUACUGAAAAUAGUCUUCAAACACUUCAAUUUAAAAAAAUACGUUGUUACUCAUGCAGAACUGUGCAAUUAUAAAUCUACCAUGUAAUAUCUUAGUAUGGGGUCACAUUUUUUGUGUAAUGCAAAUGACCUGUACCGUAAUGUGUAUGGCUUUUAUGCAUGCCUUUGUUAAAUAUGCUGCAAAUAAGACAAAUGCUCCAUUCAUGAAAAUAAAGAAUUAAAAUGAUUUUGACACUUCUCAGGGAAUUUGCAAGGUUUGGUCAAGAAGGGGUCCCAUAUUGUGUUGAAGUCCCCUUUUUUGUCUAAUUGGGGUGUCAUUUAGAGUCGUACUUUUCAAUUGAAUACAACUUUAUUCAUCCCAGAGGGGCUUUAUUGUGUUAUGUUGACGAAGUUUACCACACUUGCACCUCCAGUAAGAGAAUUCCAGUACGAGACAUUGGUUCCUAGAGUGCGCGAUUGAUCGGUAUUCUCAACAGAAAACAAGCAUUACUACUACAGUACAAACUAUGCUGGGAAGCAUACACAAGAAUAAAGUGGGUUCGAUAUUUUGAGGCCUCAAUCUAAGAAGAAUGUGCAUUUUAAAAUGUUCGUAACAUUUUUUUUUUUAAAGAGUAAAAGUGAAAAUGGGCAAAUGUAUCCCCUCUAAUAAUUGAUAACUAAGGUUAGGAUAUUCUGAAUAUUCCGUUUAUAUAUUCACACGUUUAACUAUGGACACUAGAGGAUUUGCUAAUAAAACACUACACAACAGGGUGUGCACUAUGGGGAAAUAACCCCGUAGCUUAGUUCAUUUUAAGAAUGCCCUUUUUGUGUGACUAGAAAUAAUGAACAGUCAUUAUAGAAGUAGCAUAACUGUUUUGUGGUGCAUCUCCAUGGUAAUAAAGUAAUGACAGGAAGUGAAUGAGACAACGAUGUCAUCUGAGAUGUUAGUUGGGCAAUUCCGUUCAGAUAGCUGUCUCCCAAUAGUUUUGGGUUGAAAUGUCAGUAUUUCAUGAUGCUCUUCUCUCUCUUGUAGUGACAACAACGCUAACAGUACCUGCCAAUAUGAGGCCAGCAGAUUACAUUUCAUGCAGCUUUGCGCUGUUCGUCUACAUCACCACCUUCCUGAUCGGGGUACCUGCCAACAUCCUGGCAUUCUGCACCUUUUGCCGAAAGGUGCGUCGCAAACCCGCCCCCAUCGACAUCCUGCUACUCAACCUGACUAUCUCCGACCUCAUCUUCCUUGCUUUCCUGCCCUUCAAGAUGAAGGAGGCUGUUGAUGAUUUUAACUGGACCCUCCCUUACUUUCUGUGUCCAGUCACUGGUUUCCUGUUCUUCUCAACUAUCUACAACAGCACUCUCCUCCUGACCGCUGUGAGUGUGGAGCGCUUCCUCAGCGUGGCGUAUCCCGUAAGGUUCACAGCACCAGGCAGGGUUGUCCACGCACAGUUGGCCUGUGUAGUUUUCUGGAUCCUGUCCCUUGCACACUGCAGUGUUGUCUUCGUAAUGCAAUUAGACAAAGAAGCCGACAACACUACCUGCUAUGGGAAUUUCAAUGAUGUCCAGCUUAUUACCCUUCUCCCGGUACGCUUAGAGAUGUCCCUGGUUCUCUUCUGUGUACCCUUCCUGAUCAGCACCUUCUGCUAUGUCAACUUCAUCCGUAUCCUGUCUAGGCUUCCCAACAUCAGCCAGCACCGGCGCCUGCGUGCCAUUGGGCUGGCGUUGGGGACUCUGCUAGUGUUCACCCUCUGCUUUGGACCCUACAACAUGUCCCAUAUGGUGGGGAUCAUGCAGAAUAAAGUCCCUACUUGGCGCAACAAUGCCAUUCUGCUCACCACCUUAAAUGCCUGUCUGGACCCCAUCGUCUUCUACUUCUCCUCCUCAGCUAUUAGGAGCACUCUCAACCUGAAGCGAAUCAAGGCUAAGCUCAAACCAAAGGCCACAGCCGCCCAUGCUGGUAAUACACCAGACCCUAUGGACUCCCCCCAUUCGUCCAGCCAGAGGUUUGUCGCUGCUGCCAAAAGGGGGACAAAUUACACCCCACAAUGAAUCAGUGACUAGUAAAUCAGUUUUGUCCAUCCAUACAAAGUGUACACAAAGCAUUGAAGUUGUGUAUUUCCACAAUGUGAUCUAGAAUUCUGAUACCAUGGUCAAGCAUUUUGAUAGCAUUUGUCCAUCUGAAAACUGCUAUAGACUACUGGUAACUUAGCUUGUGUCCCACAAGGGUUAUUACAAAAAUUUGAAAUACCUGUACAGAGGGUAAUGAUGAGAAUAGUGCAUUAGAAUGGUAAACUUUAAAAUAUGUUAUUAAAGGGAAUAAGGAAGCUUCCAAUUUGUCUUUGUGGCUAAUCUUAUGUCAUGCUUAUUGAGACUGUAAACGCCAGAAUAUCAAUAUGCAAUUGCUGCACAAAUUAUUUAUUUAAAACAAUCAGUAUCAGAAA